GUAUAUAAGACUGGUGGUGUAUCCCAGCCAUCAGAAACGCGGAUGCCUGCUUGCUUUAACAUUGUGAAACAGUGCCAAAUCUUUAGCUGGAUAAAACUAAAGCGGAGUAAUCAUUUCCAUGCGGACAAGAAUGGUAAGGUUACGUUUCGUUGUUCUGUUGGCGAUGCUUACAACCUGUCUUGCAGACCGGUUGGACGUGUUGGAAAGUCAGAUGAAAAGGAUGAAAUAUUUCCAGUCCUACGUUGAAGUGACAUUGAACACAAUUGAAGGAAACGUUGGUUCAUUAACUGAAAGAGUCUCAAAGCUUGAAUCAAUUGUUGCCACGUCCGGUACUGAUAAUGACAGUAACGGUUCAAGGGCCGGGAGUUCUGGAAAAGAAACAUAUACACAACUUGAAAUUAAAGAUAUAAAACAUACGCUCGAAAUGUACCAACAUGCGUUUGCGAGACAAAAACAAGAGUUAAUCGACGUGAAUGAUCUUGUUAAUAACACACUAUCGGUCUUGCAUUCCAAUGUAUCCGUAACUUUAAGAACUGUAUUGAACAACGUCAGCAACUAUGUGCAAGAUAGCGCUGAAACUAUUUCAGCUACUUUAAAAAAGGUUAACAAUACAAUAGUUGAAAGUGGGCGGCAAUUGCGCUCUGAUAUUUUGAUAUAUUUGGGCAAUAUUAGCUCCGAGAUUAAAACCGAUAUGGCCAUGCACAUUAAGGGGGAAAAACAAGAAAACAAUAAAACAUUGCUUGCUUUAAAUUCACAAGUCCUAAAACAUAUCGCAAAUGAAACAGAUACACUUGAAACCUUUAGAACAAAUAUACUUCAAGACAUAUAUGCAGCACGGGAACACGUCCAAAACGAAACAAUUGAGCUGGAAAAGAAGGUUGAAGAGCUUAUAGGCAGAGCAAAUGAAGUUGUUGGCAUCAUUGAUGAACAGAGAUCUACAAUAGAGGACGGUAUCAUGGUCACCAUUAGGGCACUUCACAUUUCCUGGAGUGACUGGUCUGCAUGGUCCGACUGUUCUCAGUCAUGUGGCAAGGGCAAAAGAAGUAGAUACAGGUCAUGUGAUGUACUUCCGCCUUUUACUGAUGGCGUUUGCAUUGGCAAUGAUACUGAUACAGAGGAAUGUGUCAUUCAAGAGUGUCCUGUUCACAUUUCCUGGAGUGACUGGUCUGCAUGGUCCGACUGUUCUCAGUCAUGUGGCAAGGGCAAAAGAAGUAGAUACAGGUCAUGUGAUGUACUUCCGCCUUUUACUGAUGGCGUUUGCAUUGGCAAUGAUAUUGAUACAGAGGAAUGUGUCAUUCAAGAGUGUCCUGUGGUGGACUGCUACGACCUUCACAAACAGAACCAAGGACUACCCAGUGGUGUGUAUAACGUGUCACUAUGGAAAAGUCACGUGGAGAUCCGGGUGUUUUGUGACAUGACGACUGCUUCAGGUGGUUGGACGGUUAUACAGCACAGAUAUGAUGGCUCAGUGGACUUUUAUAGGAACCUUUAUGAGUAUACCCAUGGAUUUGGAGACGUCAGUACGGAGUUUUGGCUAGGCCUAAGUUACAUCAAAGAAAUAGCUGAUAAAGGGAACACCACAAUAAGAAUGGAGGUAUCGGCAGCAGACGGAAGUUCAGCGUAUGAGGAGUGGCCGGAAUUUCGUCUCGGUGUCGCUCCUACAUACACCCUCCAUGUCGGUGGCCGUGGCACAGGAACAGCCGGGGAUUAUGAGCGAUGGUUCGAACGAUAUAACAAUGGCAGGGACUUCACUGCCAAGGGAAGCUUCUGCGGAGAUUUACGCCAAGGAGGAUGGUGGUAUAAAAGUUGUACGUUUAUCAACCUGAACGGCGAGUACGUCACUCCGGGCACGUUAUCCGGAUAUCAUGACGGAUGGGGUGGAAUGAUCUACUACAGUUUCAAACAAUUGGUGUCACUGAAAACGUCGACAAUAAUGAUCAGAAGAAAUGAUUAAGUGGAAUAGUACUCACAAUUACAUUUAGAAGUGUGGUGAAUAAAACGUGUAAUGGUACUGUGCAUAUUAUAACUGUUCGAAUUAAAUAAACCUUUCCUUUAUUUUUCCAAAUGUUGUCUUUUAACCU